UCACCAAAUCAACCGUCUACGCUACGAUUAUUGUUAAGAUAAAUGGACUCGUACAUACAGUGAUGGCAAUGCAAAAAGCAGAGGCCUUGCCGUUCCUUACAGUAGAAGAGGCUAUAAGAAGAAGUAAACAAACAUUAAGGUUCCAAGAAGAAUUGAGUUUGAGUAUAUGGGAAAGAGCGAGAAUAGAAUGGGUGUACAUCAGAAAUCUUAAAGAAUGGAUGGUUUCUACAGGAAGCAAGUUAACCCCUAUUUUAGAAAAGGCAAAAGAUUUUACUGAUGAAAUGGUAUUGGCAAACUUAGUAAAAGAAGCAUUAUGUACAACAGAGGUCCAUCAAAAUGUCCAUAAUGCAAUGAUGUGUUCUGGUGGACCAUACUCAACUUUACAAAGAGGAAUUGGACUAAACAAGAUAACUAAAAGCUCAGAAGAAAGGCUUCUGUCUGAUAUAGAAAAAGAGUUUUAUAUGUUUAAUCGAAAGAGAGUACAGUACGAAUCUGAUAUUCAGAAAAAGAAAGUGAGCACUGAGAAAAUGAAGUCAACUAUAAUUGAGCUUGAAGAACAGUUAUCCAAACGAAGCCGUAUUGCGCAUGUACGUCGGUCUACACGCUCCAAUAGGAAGGUGGACAAUCUCUCUAACAGACUAUCAAUGCUCAGAAAACAAAUUGAAAGUGAAAAAUCUAUGGUGGAGAAAAAACAAGAAGCGUUGAGCGAAUUUAUGUCCAGCAUAAACAAGGAUAUGAAAAAAUUAUAUAUAGAACUCACAGAACUCCAGACAAAAAGGAUGCAGUUGAUUUAUUCUCAAUUAAAAAAGUUUGGUUGUGCGUUUAAAGAGUUUAAUCAUGGUUACAAAAAGAGGAAGACCGAGAUCGGUGAAAUGAUAGGUUCUUUUGAGUCCAUCUGCAUAGAAGACAUAAUAGAACGUGUAAAACAAGAUAUAGAGGCUAGAGCAAACACAAGAAAGAAAGGUCACAUAUUUGAGUUACAGGAAAUGUUUAAUACUCCCAUGAAAAACAACAUCGAACCAAGAAAAGACGCCACUCUCAGCGCAUGUGCACUUCCAAGGCAAGAACAAAUCAACAACACACAAGCAGUUCAGUCGAUGAUGGGGAGAACGCAGACGAUUCUAGAGGGCAGUGGAAGCGAUAAUUUGUUGGUGGGAACUUUCUGUGCCUCUUCUUCAGAAUCGAUUAAAAUCAAAGGAAUGAAUCCGGUCAGAUGCCAACGUUCCGAAAACUCCGAUUCGUCGCUCGAAUCAAAGAUAGAGACAAUUGUUAUUCCGAAUGAACCUGAUAGUGACUGUAAGAUGCCACCUCCAUUUCCGACAAAAGAGUUCUGUGUAAGCUCUGGUGAUGAGGCAAGCGCUUGUAUGGAGGAACAACAUGAACCCGAUGAUGUUAGCUGGAAGUGGUCUAAUACAAAUCAGCCGUUACACACCAAUCAUACCGACGAUAUCAGCAUGAUCAGAAAUGUCAAGGUCAUUGCUCUUCAUGACUUUGUCGCUGGGAAAAGUGAUCAAAUUUCUUUUAAAAAAGGUCAAAUCAUAAAACAAAAAGUUGGAGAAAACGAAGAUGGAUUUGCAUAUGGCUGGGUGCGUGAGAAUAGAUUGGCGCCGAAACAGUAUGGAUGGUAUCCGGCUGGAAUUGUACAAAGAUAUGUUCCAUCAUCAGAUUCUGCCAGAAAAGAGUGAACAUAUUUGGAUACUUCUCUCACGUUAUCGGUCCUCGGUUGCCUCAAAUUCAUUGUUAAUUAUGAAAAAUAAAAUAUGCAGUUCUA